UGAUGCUAAUUAAGAAGAGUGACUUUAGAAAAUAGAAAUUCCUUUUCCUCUCCUUCCUCGACCUCCCCUAAAUUAUCUCAGGUCGGAAAGUUCUAACAGAUACAGAACACACAAAGGCCACCGUCGUUAUUCAUUACAGAUCCGACCUGACAACUUCGGACAAUUCCAAUUGGAUCUUUCUUCUACUAUAGCUUUUACCGAAACCCUAAGUACCCUUCUUCGACUUUGACAUUGUUUCGGAAGCAAUGGGUCGCUCUCGUGGGAACUUCCACAAUUUCGAAGACCCUACCCAGAGAACGAGGAAGAAGAAAAAUGCGGCUAAUGUGGAGAACUUUGAGUCUUCCUCUAUGGUUACAGGAACGGAGGGAGGAGGGAAGUACAACUGCGAUUAUUGCCAGAAAGACAUUACUGGCAAAAUCAGGAUCAAGUGUGAUGUCUGUCCUGAUUUUGAUCUCUGUGUUGAGUGUAUGUCUGUGGGAGCUGAGAUCACUCCUCACAAAUGUGAUCACGCCUACCGUGUUAUGGGAAAUCUAACUUUCCCGCUUAUUUGUCCGGACUGGAGUGCUGAUGAUGAAAUGCUUCUCCUGGAGGGACUUGAAAUUUAUGGAAUGGGAAACUGGGCAGAGGUCGCGGAGCAUGUGGGAACGAAGAGUAAAGAACAAUGUCUCGAGCACUACAGAAACAUUUAUCUUAACUCUCCCUUCUUCCCACUUCCAGAUAUGUCACAUGUAGCAGGGAAGAACAAGAAAGAACUUCAAGCCAUGGCCAAAGGACGCAUCGAAGAGAAGAAAGGUCUACACUACUUUGCUUUAAUGGUUGCUAUCCUAAUUCUGAAAAUUAAUAUAGCUUCUUCUUUGGCAGCAGAGCAGAACAUGAAAGAAGAGUACCCCUUUUCUCCUCCUAAAGUCAAAGUUGAAGACACACAAAAAGAGUCUCAUACAGACAGGAGUUUUGGAGGAAAGAAACCUGUUGUUGCCCCUGGAAACAACUCUUUGGUUGAAUUGAGUAACUACAACCACAAAAGAGAAGAGUUCGACCCUGAAUAUGACAACGAUGCUGAGCAGCUCUUGGCUGAGAUGGAGUUCAAAGACAACGAUACUCCUGAAGAAAAAGACCUCAAGCUCCGUGUCUUGCGUAUUUAUUCCAAAAGGCUUGAUGAAAGGAAACGUAGAAAGGAGUUCAUACUAGACAGAAACCUCUUGUACCCAAACCCCUUCGAGAAGGAGCUGUCUCAGGAGGAGAAAAUGCAGUGUCGGCGUUUAGACGUGUUCAUGCGUUUUCAUUCAAAAGAGGAGCAUGAGGAGCUACUCCGCAGCGUUGUGAGCGAGUACCGCAUGGUGAAACGGCUCAAAGAUCUCAAGGAAGCUCAAAUGGCAGGGUGUCGCUCCACGGCUGAAGCAGAGAGGUACCUGGCGAGGAAGAGGAAGCGAGAGAACGAAGAAGGGAUGAUGAACAGAGGGAAAGAGAGCGGUCAAUUUGGUGCAGGGGAAUUGGGAACUAGACCACCUGUGCAAGCAUCUUCAAGCUAUGUGAAUGAUCUGGACCUGAUUGGGUUCACGGAGUCGCAACUGCUGUCUGAAUCCGAGAAGCGUCUAUGCAGCGAGGCCAAGCUGGUUCCACCGGUUUAUCUACAUAUGCAACAAGUGAUGUCACAUGAGAUAUUCAAAGGGAAUGUGACGAAGAAGUCUGAUGCAUAUAGCUUGUUCAAGAUUGAUCCAACCAAAGUGGACAGAGUUUAUGAUAUGCUUGUGAAGAAAGGUAUUGCUCAGCUAUAAGACUUGUGUUGUAUUAUGUAAUCUAUCUAUCAAUGUGUGCGCUCUAUUUGAGUUAUUAUAUGUUCCUUUGUCACAAUUGUAGUUUAUAUACCCUGUUCUACACAUCAAUGUUAUGCUUAUGCAAAUAGUCUUUUUAUCAA